AUCCAAAGCAACGCACAUAUGAUGUUGAAGGAGAUUAGAACGUCAAAGGGGAAAAAUUAAACUUAAAUUUCCGAAGUAAUGCUGUAAAUAUUGAGCUUUACUAAAACUCACCGAAUAUAGUACAUCUUUAAAGGUUUUUGCUAAUACAAGUUCGCAUUGGGAUUCUUGUGCCUUGUGAUUUGUGGAAACAUUAUUGCACUCUUUUCUCCUCCUUUGAGUUCACUUAAUAGAAGAAGAUAUUUUCCAGUGCAUUGAGAUCACUAACGCUGAAGCUCAUUUGAUCAUCAUCUCUCAAAUAUUGUGUAUAAAAGAUUUUGCAAGAUUUUAAAAUCUGAAUUCUGAGAUUCUAAAAUCACUAUGGCUUUAAACGUCUUGGGUCUUGUUGGAAUUAUCGUGUUCUACCUACUUAUUCUUGGUGUUGGCCUGUGGGCAGCUUUCAAACGCAAGAGAAACCAAUCUGAUGAUUUAUGUGAAGGAGGGGAUAAAACAACUGAGAGUGAAGAUGUAAUGUUAGCGGGAAGAGACAUCGGACUUUUCGUUGGAGCAAUGACCAUGACAGCAACAUGGGUUGGUGGUGGUUACAUCAAUGGUACUGCAGAGAAGGCAUACUCACAAGGAUUGGUAUGGGUGCAAGCACCAUGGUGCUACUCCCUAAGUUUGACAUUAGGGGGACUUCUUUUCGCUGAGAAGAUGCGAGCAAAGAGAUACGUGACAAUGUUGGAUCCCUUCCAAGAUAAAUACGGUUCAACAAUGGGCGGCUUCUUGUAUAUCCCUGCCUUCCUUGGCGACAUAUUUUGGUCUGCUGCUAUUCUUGCUGCCUUGGGUGCUUCAAUCAGUGUUGUUAUUGAUAUCGAUACAACGACAUCAGUUAUCGUGUCUGGCGCAAUUGCCGUGUCGUAUACGUUAGUCGGAGGACUGUAUUCUGUUGUGUACACAGAUGUUGUGCAGCUCAUUUGUAUCUUCAUUGGCCUGUGGUUAGCUGUUCCCUUCGCGAUGAGCAAUGACGCUGUAGAGCCCAUUAGCGACCACACAGAUACAUGGGUUGGACAUUGGGAAACAAAGAAAACUGGCAAAUGGCUCGAUUACGUUCUCUUCCUGACAUUCGGUGGUAUUCCGUGGCAAGCGUACUUCCAACGUGUACUUUCGUGCAGAACAACAAAACAUGCGAAAUAUCUGUCAUUCGCCGCGUCGUUCGGGUGCUUUAUUGCCGCUAUCCCAGCUCUUCUCAUUGGUGCGGUCGGUGCCUCAGCAAAAUGGAACGAAACAAGCUACACGGGCUUAACGGUUAACGGUACCCUUAAGGACGAGGAUGCAACCCGUAUACUACCUUUAGUACUCCAGUACCUUACACCCUCAGCUGUCUCAUUCAUUGGACUCGGUGCAGUUUCGGCUGCUGUCAUGUCUUCCGCUGAUUCAUCGACUCUCUCGGCGAGUUCUAUGUUCUCCAGAAACAUCUAUAAACUUAUCUUCCGACCAAAGGCAAGUGAGCGAGAAAUGGUUUGGGUGAUUCGUCUAUCAAUCCUUGGAGUUGGCGUCGUUUCAACUGUCUUGGCCUUAAAUGUGCAAUCCAUUUACAUUUUAUUCCAUCUUUGUUCUGACUUGGUAUAUGCGAUCUUAUUCCCUCAACUCUUCUGCGUGGUGUAUAUUGAUGCUUCAAACACGUAUGGUUCAAUCGCUGGAUACGUCGUCGGACUCUUCUUCCGACUCUGUGGUGGGGAACCUUUGAUUGGUUUUGAUGCUUUGAUCAAAUAUCCAUUCUAUGAUGAAGAAUAUGGCCAGUUAUUCCCGUUCCGAACCUUUUCAAUGAUAUGCUCCUUCAUAACAAUUGUAGCAGUAUCCUAUGCGACUCGAUACUUGGUCGUGAACAAAGUGAUCCCUGUCGAAUACGAUUUCUUGAAUUGCUUCAAACACGAGUUUGCCCCACAUGAUCAAGACCAUGAUGCCAACUCAGUGAAAUUAGUGGAAACAGUUAAACUCUGAUCGGACGGGGGGAGGAGACAACGUAGAAAAACGUAGAACAUGCGCUUAUCGUAGGAGCAAAUAGUUUGCAUGUUCAAAAUCAUUUAUUGUUUAUAGUUGGUGUGUGUCUGUUGCUCUUAGCCUAGAUGCAACGAUUUUCUUUCGUUGUGUAAAUCACCCAAACUGAUCAUUAAAAUGCUUAUAAGUAAUCCUGACAGACUUAUCUAAUAUAGUUGUAAAAGUCGAAGGGGAUAAAAAUUAUUGUAAGGUUGAUUAAGUGAUUUUCCACUUUAUACUUCUAUUGUGUUCACCACGUACAUGUACGUCCAUUUUCCGCUAAUCGCAGGGCACCUCUACCCGAUAGGUUGACUAGUGUGUUGUUUGUUGGUGCUUACUGUUCCCACUAGUCGACUGUUCCACAGUUUUGGGGAAAGUUCAUUUGCACCUCACGAAGUGAUUGAGAGUUCAGUCUUGCGAUUAGUGGAAAAGGUAUGAUAUGAAAGGUCCCACGUUUUGACAUUUAAUGUUGCUGCCAGAAUUUAACCUCGUUGAAUAAACACUCGUUGGUCUGGCUUAUGAACAUGUGUUGAGGAAUUAGUCGGAAUGUUGGUCAAGUUCUAUUACAUGUAUGCGUUGUGAAACUGCAUAGAAUGCUGAUAAAUGUCUACAUAUAAUUGGACUUUACGCGGUGAUACCAUUUGAUUCCAGAAAAGCUGUCAUUCAUUAGAUAUUAUCUGAAUAUCGUUCUUACUACAUUAGUCUUCCUGUAAACCUAAAGAUGGAUACUUUCA